AUGGCGUUCUCGGCCUAUGGGUCGAGAGAGGGGGUGGGUCCACACCGCCGAGUGAUGCCGAGGACAAAGGAUAUUGGAAAUAUUGUGUUGUCAAACAGUUUCGGAAGGUUAGGAGAAGAUCUUGAUUUCCAAGAUUCGCGCCAAACAAAUGAGGAUAAUAAGGAAAAUAGGGACCCACAUAAUCUAGACAAUGAAGUGUUGAGUGGGACGCAAGGGUUUGUUGGCGGGACGAGUAAAGCGGAGUUUCAAAGAGGAAGUAUCGAUAAGAAGAUGGGGAGAAAUAAGGCAUUGGGUGAUACGCCCCUGGACUAG